UCAUCCAUCAUCACGUCACUCAUGUCAACGAUCGUGAACAAAACAAACGUUUUCUGGUAUUUUCCACGUAUUUAUUAUUCUUUUAGACGCAAGGAAUACGAAUUAUGUACUUACAUAAUUCGUACUCAUGCUUCUAAAGUACAACGUUAAUAAAUCUGAAAUAAAAAAUCUACUAUCGCGCGACAAAAAUAUUGCAAAAUAAUUUUCGAUUAUUGCGUGUUUACCGUUGAUACAAAGGUUCGAUCAAACAUUGCAGUGCUAACUUGAGUAGGUACUUAAUAUUCACAUGCAGUUACAUUAGUUAAACAAUGGAAAUCGCAAGAGUACCGGAGAAUCAACUUGAUGAUAGUCCCGAAUUAUUGAUAUCUGAUGACGCAAACCUCAUUGGGCACAAUGGAAGUAUGAUAGGCCUUUCUCCUGUGCAAAUUCAACAGGAAUACUUCGAAAAUCUGGCUGAUUGUGACUGGGUCAAGUAUGAAAAAAGUAACAGAAACUAUUUGCUUCAAAACAUAGCAUUUGCACUAUAUGGCGGGCCCAGCUGUGAAGGAGAACUAUCCAAAGUCAUUGAAUCUCAAAAUGCACACUUAGAAGGAUACACGUCUAGACAAAAGGAACAAGUUAUGAAGGUCUAUGAAAAGAUAUGUGAACAAAGCAAGUACUCUCAAAAUGAUGAAGACAUCGUGUUGUCUAUUCUCUUAGUAGUAUGUGCGAGGCCUAGACCAGUUAAAUUCUACCAGUUGGAACCGUCCACCCACUGGCUCGACCUGCAUCAGAAGAACGACAUUGACAUUUGGUGCACUGCAGUUUUUAGAAUCCGUAAAUGUAUACCAACACUCGUUGGAUCAUCAUCUUGCCGUGUCUACAUUGACGAGAACGCAAGAGUAUAUCAUGACUGGGACUCAUAUUUAACCAACAAUACACUGCCGAAAUGUGUUAUCAUUGUGCCUGAGAAUGGAGAAUAUUCCGGAACUAUUAUUGAGGGUGACGAAACGUUUGCUGUGAAGCUUACAGUCGCCCCCACUCCCACUUUAGGGCUCAAAGCUAGAGUGUUGAGCUCAGUAGACACUGCCAGUACGGUCGCUUCCAUCGGUGCUAUAGGAGUGCUAGGAGUCGCAGCGUUCACCCCAGUAGGCCCUGCUGUAUUGGCUGGUGCUGCGGUGGCAACAGUGGCCACUGGUUUGUACGGCCUUGUCCGGUCGUCGUAUCAUCUACAUGACCGAAGCGUGCAUGAACAGACGAUCAGCCCAACGGAUCCUGAAGCUAGGGGUAGCUGGCUGAAUAUCGCUGCUUCUAGCGUCGGCCUGGCCGCCGGCGCCGCCACCAACUUGCUGUCGAAAUCCGCGGCCGCUGGCACUAAUUUGACAAAGACGGGGCAAGCCCUUGCAGUAUCGGUUGAAGUUUUGCGACACGCAAACAUGGUCACCGGUGGCGCUGGUGUCGUUAACAGCCUCAUACACAUCAUCCUCAAGUAUCGCAAACACGGUGAAAAGCCAACGAACCUAGAGUUGUUCCAAUUCACGGCAGCUACACUGUUCUUCUGUCAUGCCGUGAUGUCCAACCGGACUGCACAAUCGAUAAUCGAAGAUGCGCAGGCGCGAGCGAUUAACGAAUACCGGGAUACGCUUAGGAGUAAUCGUCACAAGAAAAUAUUUGACAAACUGAGCGCGGAAUCCAGGAGAGUGCAAGGCUCCGUUCAAGGCAACACCGAAGUCAUCCGCGGUAUCAAAAACAUCGUCGAUAAAGAUCAAUAUUUCGCGGAUGUGCUACGCAUCAACAAGGACUUGAACCAACACAAAUUGAGGAUCUCAAUGACCGCAGACGGCCGUGUCAACCUCAAUGCACAACACAAGUUUGAACCAUCUUUGUUGUCUAGUAUGGGGCCAGAAGGACGCUCUGAACUGUUCACAUCGUUGGGGCCAGCUUCUUUGUCGACUCAGAACGUCCCUACCCGAGUGCUGCCCUCAACUGUGGCCGUACAAGCUUACAAUUUAGAGGAGGAGGAUAGAGGUAUUUUAGUAGGCAUUCAUCCUGGGGAAAUCUUGCGCAUAGGCACAUUCCUAGUCCGCGUUAGCUCGACCGGCGCUGAAAACGUAGCACUACUUUUAGAGAACCUCAGCCAAGAUGUAUACGCGAACCUCAUGACUGUCUCAUUCAACGUGAUCUCUCGACUAAUCCCAGAGGAAAUCGGUAGGUUGAGACUGCUGAGCCCUGACGAAGAUUUGAUCGUUCAAGUUGUGAAAUUCGUAUUUAAUUACAUGAAACACCAAAGACCUUUAGGUGAACCUUGCCGGAAUAACGAUAACGGUAUUGUUAUUGUGCUCAAAGAGUUCUUCCAAGAAGGUGUUGUUAGGCAGGAAACUAUACUGCUGUUGAAAGAACGACUGGUUGGGUGGGUAGACGAAGAAAUAGAUCGCAGACGGCUCGAGUUUCCGAACAAGAAAAUGAUCGUUUGCGAUAAAUGCAGAGGUGUGAGGUUCGCUUGAGCGUUGUUUCAAUAGUACAUAUUAUUAUGACCAAAUGCCAUAGAAGCGCUAAUUUUGAAAUGUUUUACUUUCGUAAUGAAAAAUAUAUUGGACCAUAAUAUUGUAUUGAUAGUCUGUUCUAUGUUAUCCAGUAAAUUCUACAAAAAAUGUCUUGUAACCAAACAUAUCAGAAACGGCCAAUUUUGUAUAUUAACUUAAAUAUACCAGUAAAAUAUGUAUAAUAGAGUUAAAAUGUGCAUUUUGCAUUGCAUAACAAAUUAUAUUUCCAUAAGAAAUUAAAUCGGGCUUUGGUACACUAUUUAAAUCUGUUUACAUAUUACACAAAUAAUCUAAAAAAUAUUUAAUAUUAUUGGAUAGUAUCACAGGAAUAAGUGACAUAUCAUAACACGCCUUAUAAUAAAAUAUUAUUGUUCUUGUAUAUUAUUAUAAAUGUAUUUCAAUUAUAAGAAAAUAGAAUACAGUAAGUACAAAAACACGAGGUAGGUCUUUUUACCUAGCUAAAUUAUAUUGGGCGGAAUCCCAAAUUUUACAAAUUAGUAUUUUAAUAAAUUACAUUGCAAAUAUUCAGUAUCACACUUUUGAUAUAAUCAAUAAAAAAUAUCAUUACUAGGACAAAUGAUUGAGUAUGAUACAAUUUAAUCUCAAUAGGUAUGUUCCUGCUACCCUUAUCAGGUCGUCGGUCCACCUUGUGUGUGGAUGUGGUGCGAUGUGAAAGUCAUUAGGCUCCCCGUAGGCCUCCGCCUAUGUUCAGCAGUGGACGUCCUAUGGCUGAAAUGAUGAUGAUGAUGUAAAAUUAUUACCAGUCAUUUGCGUCUCGUAGUCGGGUAUAACAUAAUAACCUCGUUUCUUCGAUUCUAACGUCAUAUUCAUCUUUAGUGUUUACAGAAUACUUACUAAUUUUAAAAGCAGGAAGUUAAAUACAUAUGUGUAUUCUAAAACAGAAUACAUCUUGUUAUCGAACCAGAAUACAUUUCGUUAACAAACUCGACAGCCAAUAAUAACGCUUCCAAUAAUCAAAUUCUUGUCAAACGAAUGAAACACAUUUUUUUAACAUCUACUUUUAUUGAUGUCAUUUCUGACUUACAAACUUAUACAACCUUUAUUAAUGAGUGUAUUAUAUUUUAUUUUAAUUUUACCUUUUCGAAAAUUCUCUUUCCUUUUUCCAUUCGGUUAAAAGUCUCUAGAGAGAAAAAUUCGAACUAUACCUGAAUGAAGCUCGCUUUUAUAUUUUUACUGAAAAU